AUGGAAGCCGGAGAUACCGUUAACGGAGCCAAGCUCUUCAAGACCCGCUGCGCCCAGUGCCACACCGUCGAGGCUGGCGGUGCCAACAAGGUCGGACCCAACUUGCACGGCCUUUUCGGCCGCAAGUCUGGCCAGGCUGCCGGUUACUCGUACACCGAGGCCAACAAGAACAAGGGUGUUGUCUGGGAGGACCAGACCCUCUACGACUACCUCGAGAACCCUAAGAAGUACAUUCCUGGAACCAAGAUGGCCUUCAACGGCUUCAAGAAGCCCAAGGAGCGUAACGAUGUCAUUGCCUACCUCAAGUCGACCUGCUAA